AUGCCAGAGAUAGAAGCUCAGGGUAGCGAGUGCUUGAAAGAAUACGGUGGUGAUGUUGGUUUUGGGUUUUGUGCCCCUCGGAUAUUUCCGACGAUUUGUUAUACAAGAUGCCGUGCGAACAAAGGAGCUAAAGGUGGAAGAUGCCGAUGGGGAGAAGAGAUAGAAGCUCAGGGUAGCGAGUGCUUGAAAGAAUACGGUGGUGAUGUUGGUUUUGGGUUUUGUGCCCCUCGGAUAUUUCCGACGAUUUGUUAUACAAGAUGCCGUGCGAACAAAGGAGCUAAAGGUGGAAGAUGCCGAUGGGGAGAAGGCAUUAUUAAUGUUAAGUGCUUAUGCGACUAUUGCGAUGAUACUCCCCGAUAAGAUCUAAAGUCUUAGCUAAUUAAUGGAUGCACAAUAACUAUAAAC